CGGACCCUGCUUCUGCCUUCAACUCAGAACGACUCUGACUUCCCUUAGAGAGAAGUGACGAGGGCUGAGCAGACAAAGCAGCAGCCUAGAGAAACUACGCUCUACCUUUUGCUCGAAGGAGAAGCCUUACGACAACGAGAUCGACUUGAUCGGACGCAAGACAGAGAGACAGCCGUUUGAGAGAAGACUACAGCUCUAGAGAGCCAGAGGAAGACUUUGCAAGCACCUGAAGGAAAGAUUUUUUUUACGCUGUUUUGAAACAGAACGAAGACACGACGAGAGAGAAAAUGUUUUCCAGAAUGAGACUGAUUUUUGCACUCUGCUUCACUUUCUUCACCUGGGCGGCUGCUCAGGAGUGCCCCAGUCAGUGUCAGUGCCCUGACGUGGCUCCGCAAUGCCCCCCAGGAGACAGCUUAGUCCUGGAUGCCUGCGGGUGCUGCCGUGUAUGCGCUAAACAGCUGGGAGAGCUGUGCACUGAAAGAGAUGUGUGUGACCCUCACAAAGGCCUCUACUGUGACUAUGGGUCACCAAACAACCGACGCAUUGGAGUCUGCACCGCUCGCGAGGGUGCCCCCUGCGUGUUCGGAGGAAAUGUGUACCGCAGCGGUGAAUCAUUCCAGAGCAGCUGCAAGUACCAGUGUACAUGCCUAGAUGGCGCCGUGGGCUGCGUGCCACUCUGUGGUAUGGACGUGCGACUGCCCAGCCCAGAUUGCCCCAUGCCUCGCAGGGUCAAGGUGCCAGGAAAAUGCUGUGAGGAAUGGGUGUGCGAGUCACCCCCCACCACCAACUCCUUCAUGGGCUCCUUUCUGCCAGCUUUCAGGGAAGAGGAGACCUAUGGCCCAGAUCCUUCCAUCAUGCGUGAGAACUGCCUGGUUCAGACCACUGAAUGGAGCGCAUGCUCAAAGACGUGCGGUCUCGGCAUCUCCACACGUGUGACCAAUGACAACCGCGAGUGCCGUUUGGAGAAGCAGUCUCGCCUCUGCAUGGUCCGUCCCUGCGAAUCCCAUCUGGAGGAGAAAAUCAAGAAAGGAAAGAAGUGCAUCCGUACUCCUCGAGUAUCCAAGCCCAUGAAGUUCGAGGUUUCGGGCUGCACCACCACCAAGGCUUACCGACCCAAGUUCUGCGGCGUGUGCACCGACGGCCGCUGCUGCACUCCUCACAGGACCACGACCCUGCCCGUCGAGUUCAAGUGCCCUGACGGCCAGGUCAUGAAGAAGCAGAUGAUGUUCAUCAAGACGUGUGCGUGCCACUACAACUGCCCAAGCGAAAAUGACAUCUUUGAGUCCCUGUACUACAAGAAGAUGCUCGGUGACAUGGCAUGAGCGAGAACAGCGCGAGCUGUUCGAAGACAAUUCCGUCCACUUGAACCAGAUAUCCAUCUCGUUUCACAGAACCGUACCCGUCUUACGUCUUAGUUUUGUUUUCUUCUUGUUGUUUUUGUCUGCGUCUAUUU